ACAAGUUUUUAAAUAAAACUUUAUUUUCAUUUCAUUUCAUCAUUCAGCCUUCGUCCUGUUGAAACAUGCUACAUCUUGACUUGACAGUCACUUUAGAAAUUCUCCAAAUCUGACAUUUCUUGUCAGCCCAUCUUUCCAACCGGGCUACUACAGCCUUUGAGUUUGUCCUCAAAUAAAUGAGCUUUCACUUUAAUUGCACAGUCCAUGGCAAAGGCAUAAAAGUUUUGGAAUUACUUAUCAAAUAACAGGAAUGGACAUUUUAACAGGCAUGUAUAGAUUUUCAGAGCCACUGCAAUUCCUGUUUGUAAAACCGAAAUUAGAAAUAUCAAAAAUAUAAAUAUAAAAGAGGUGAUUAACUUGUGCUAUGUCUUUUUCUUUUGACAUUUCAGUUGUUGAAAAAUGUACUCAGACUCUCAUCUGUCUAAAGUUUGACCUGUUUAGCAGGGGCCCCGCUGUGUUAUUAUGCUCGACCAUGUGGCUGCCGUCACGACGUACAGCAGCCUAUCGGAAUUUCGCCUCCUGUCGUUAUGUCUGCGCAGGCAGCAUCUCAGCCAAAGCUCAGCUGGCUGGCAGACUCCUCAUUCAGCAACCAGCAGCACCGAGAGCGGCAUGGCAAGGGCUUGGGCAGGUGUGGCGAGGGGGUGACGGGCCAACCAGACCGUCGUUGUCAUCGCGGGCAGCAGACGCAGAUGCGGUAUCCUCCAGUCCCUGUCCGAGUGAAGACACGCUGCUGCUGCUGAUAAGAGUCACUCACACGCUGAUGAUAAAACGAUGCUCCAGUCGCCGCCACCGACCAGGUGCAGGAGCACGGAGCAGGGACGCCGUUAACCUGACAGAAAGUCGACCCGUAUCUAUGUGCUGCGCGCACUUCUCUCUGGUCCCGUUUGCAGACGAUCGAGAAGAUGCUGAGCCGACUGAUGAGCAGCAGCGUCAGGAGUCUGGACAGGGAAUGCAACUGCACGGUGAGGCUGCUGGACGACUCGGAGUACACCUGCACGAUCCAGGCUGGUUCAUGACGGAUGUGGCUGCGUUUUUGUGCUCUGACGCCUCUCAGGACAGAAGGGCUGCAGAAGCUGCUUUCGUCAGAGAAUUACCUGUGAGGACAUGCCAUCAUCAUGACCGCAUGUUGUGCGUGCGCUGCGUAGAAAAUUUAAAGGAUUAAUCAGACAGCACUACACGCCAACUGGGAACAUAAUACGCACACACACACAAAAAAAUCCAUCUAUGCAUAAGCGCUUAUAUUUUGCAGCUUUAUGCUUGCAUUGCGCUGGAUUUAAAAUCAAGAUAAUCUGCUCUUGAGCAAAGUCAGUAGUUGGCUUAGUGGAGAUUUUUGGAUCUACUGGCAGGAUGAGUGUGCAACCACAGAACCACAGUUUGGGGAUAAACCAGGCGGACCAAUUAAUCAGAUUAUUGCUCAUAUUGAAAAUUCUUUGCUGUCAUGUUAAAAGGAAAGUUUAUAAAUGUCUAAAUUAAAAAUAUAGAGACUAUAACUAAAAAGGCCGUGUGUAUUCUUGAACUUAAUUAGGGUUUUUACUUUCUAUUGCAAACAAUGCAAACGUCAUUUUUGGAUAAAAGUUGCCCCAAACAGUACAUUUUUGAGAAAACAAAGACCCGGAGUCGGCAACCUUGACAAUUCAAAGAGCUUUUUGGGUCAAAAUGUAUCUAAGCCUACAAAAAUCUGCAAGACCCUUCAAAUAAAAACAAAAUCAAACUUAUGUUUCAUGAAUAACAAGUAAAAUGUCUUCAGUGAAACUGUACACAUUCAUGGAAAAUGAGAAAAGAAACAUAUUUUGCAACAUAAUGCCAUUGUCAUAGAUAUUAUUGUCUGCUGAUUGCAA